AUGAACACCCAACCGGGCCAGCAGGGCCAGGGCCAAGGUCAAGGCCAGCAGCCUGCUGCUGGGCAAGCUCAGCAACGCCCUCCACCAAUGUACCAACCGAGCCAGAUUCGAAGCUUGCCAACGUUGAGUGAGGAGGAAAAGUCCAAGUACGAAGCAGGCUUACAGGGCCUGUGGAACAAGGCCAAUGGUUCUCCCCAGAACAGUCAGGAGCAUAUUGCUGCGCGUCAGAAGAUUAUAGAGUUCUCGAAGAUGCUCAUCAGUAAGAUCCAGCAACGUAGGACACAGCAGAUGCAGGGACAGAAUACCCAGAACCAACAGGCUCGACCUCAACAACUGCAACAGAACGCUACCGGACAGACGACGCCACAGACACAGACGCAGCCUCAGCAACAACAAGCCACCGGAGCUCCUGCUGGAAAUCAAGUCGCUGCCGCCGCCGCUACAACUACUCAGCAAAACCGAGUUCCCGAUCACAUCCUACAACAUGUGAGCAAAAUCAACUUUCGAGCUCCAGCUCAGGUAGCCGAGAAGUCAGGUGCCGAUGCGAACAAAUGGGUCGAGGAGAUCAAACAGCGCUACACCAGAGCACUGAUGACAAUGGACAACAGUAAACAGAAGGUUGCCCAGAUUGAUAAACUUAUCAACGACAGGGCUGCGGCUGGAUCACCAUUCAAGGAGGACGAGUUAAGACAGCUGCAAAUCAGGAAGGACCAGCAACUCAAAGCACAUUCUGAUGCUCACAAAUGGGUUGACAGUGUUCGCAAGCAGCAGGGUAACCUGCAGGGCACUGGUCAGGCACAGCAAGCUCAAGCUCAAGCUCAGGCACAAAACGCUGCGAGGGUUUCUCAGCAAUCUGCCCCUACACAACAAACUCCUGCGACUCAACAAACACAACCUCAGACACAGCAACAACAACCACAAGCCCCCUCGCAAGCGGCACAAACCCAACCCCAAGCGCCGCCAGCUCAGAACAACGCCCAGAGCAAUCCUGCCCCCGUCAACGCCGCCGUCGAGGUUGCCAAACAGCAGUUAGCUGCUGUCGGCCGGGCUUCCCCAGUCAACGGGACCCUUGGAGCCGCACCAGCGCAGGCGCGUCCGGCGCAAGGCACCCCCCAGCCCGGUCAGCAACAACUUCCAUCUCCGCAAGUUCAGGUUAAACAAGAACCUGGAACUGCUCCCAUAAACCCCGCUAUGGCUUCAGCAGUCAUGCAAACCCAGGUUGGAACACCGACGCAGCAGAACGCCCCUCGAAUUCCUACACCUCAGCAAGCAGCUGCGGCGGCAGCUCCAGUGACGGUGGCAGGUCCCCAGCGAGCUCUCAGUCACUCGGCGGCAAUGGAAAUGGCAAACCAAAAGGCUAUUAACACUCCUGGAAAUGGACCCAUGCCAGGGCGCCCUGCCGCAACUGGAACACCAACACCAGGCAGUGCAGUGAAUCAAGGUGUGAUGGGGCCUAAUGUACCUCAACAACCAACCCCACAGGGCCAUCCCCACGCUCAUCCUCCGCAACCACAACAAACUCCGAUGCAGUCCAAGAUGCCUAUCCCCAAGGUUCUGCCCGAUAAAGCCACAGCAGUGCCUCAAGGUGUUGCGAUCGGAGGUGGAGUUAACACUGGCCGCCCAACAAUGUCCCAAGGCAGCGGAACACUCGGUGGUGUUAUGAACCAACCUGCGAUGGCUAGAAUCCCGGCGUACAAUCAUGAAGCUGAAGGAGAUCACGUAUUGAGUAAGAAAAAGUUGGAUGAACUUGUUCGACAAGUGUGCGGAGGUCCAGCCGAAGGACAGGAUGAAAACAUGCUCACCCCUGAAGUGGAGGAGAACGUCUUGAACAUGGCAGACUCGUUUGUUGACAGUGUGCUGCAUGCAGCCUGCCGCAACUCCAAGGAGCGCGGGUCAAAAGUGCUUGAGAUUCGAGAUAUCCAGCUCGUGUUGGAACGAACCUACAAUAUCCGUGUACCCGGGUACUCUUCUGAUGAACUCCGCACUGUCCGCAAGAUUCAGCCAUCUACUGGAUGGAUUGCCAAAAUGAGUGCUGUCCAGGCGGCCAAGGUCAUGCCAGGCAAAGGUGAAUAA